GCAUAAUUCUCUAUGUAAUGUUAUAAGUUAUUCCUCCAUUUUAUUCAUAAAAUAAAUGAUAAGAAAUAGAUUAUAAAAAUAAAUUGAAUUUAAUACACCUAUCUCUGAUGAAGCUAUUGAUUUACUCAAAUAAUUGCUAAAGAAUAAUGUAUUUAUUUAUUUAUCAUUUCUAUAAGCCAACAGAUCGUCUAGGAUCAAAUGGAGUUAAUGAAAUUAAAUAACAUUCAUUUUUUCAUGAUUUGAAUUGGAAUAAUCUCUUUUCAUAGCUAAAUUACUUAGUGAUAGAGACUUAAGAAAUUUAGAUCCUGUAUUAUAUUAAAUUUAUUAUUUACAUAGACAUUUAUCAAAGAAUAAUUACAGGAUACUCCAACAUAAUCUAUUCCUUAAAAGGAUUACUAUGAUCAAUUCACUUUCUAAGAAUCUGAAAUGUUUCUUACAAUUAAUUAGAGUUUCUCACUUAAUAAAUGAUUAUUAUUAAUUAUAUUCAAUUUAUAAAUAAAAAAUUAGCAGCAUCAAGGAUGGAUAAUGGAUAAAUAAUUAACUUUUAAGAUUUCAAUGA